AGCAGUUUGGUUUUAGCAUGGAAUUGCUAUGUUUCUUAACUAGUAUGGAGUUCUUGAGUGUUCUCAACAUUUUGUCUUCAUUUUAAACUGUUUUAUUUUUUGGAUAACCAAGUCAACUUGGUAUUAUAAUCUCGUUAGAGGAAGAUAGUGUGUGUUAGUUCAUAAUCUCUUCACAUGCGCAACUGAAUUUCUACUGUCUGCUUACUAAUUCGUGCCUAAGCAUGAAAACUUCUGUAAUUUAUUUUCUUCUCUUUUUUGCUUCUUUUGUCUUUCAUACUGGAUUAGGAAUGAACCACUAUGACCUGCAAGCACAGAGAAGGGAGAUGAAGCAUAAAGGAAGGAAUGUGGUAUGGUCAAUUGCAAUGGACAAAUGUCUGAUUGAAGCCCUUGCCAUUCAGGCUAAAAGUGGGAAUAAAAUUGACAAAUGCUUUAAUGAAAAUGCAUAUACUGCUGCUUGUAUUGCUGUGAACUCUCGUUUCAAUUUAAACUUAAACAAUCAGAAAGUCAUUAAUCGCCUCAAGACAAUUAAGAAAAGGUAUAAAGUAAUGAGGGAUAUGCUAAAUCAAGAUGGAUUCAGGUGGAAUCCAAGUACAAGGAUGAUUGAAUGUGAAAAUGAAGAUCUUUGGAAGAGAUAUAUUGCUGCACACCCCGAUGCAAGAGGGUUUCGAGGAAAGCAGAUUGAGAUGUAUGAUGAACUAAGGAUUGUUUGUGGACAUUAUCAAGCUCCUAGUCGCUGGGCUAAGAUGAAGGAUGGAAAUAAUCCUGCUGGCUCAAGGAAUUAUGAUGAAGAUUCAACUUCAUUCCUAUCACCAAGUUCAGAAGAGCAAGGUGAUACAGAUGGAACAGAAUCAUACUCUGGAACACAAGAAAAUGUGCAAGAUGAUAAUCAAGAUCCUCCUAUGUUUGAGCCUCUCAGGCAACUUCCAAAACGACCUCGAAACUCAGAUGCUGCCCUUCAGGAAGCAUUGUUAACUGUGGCAGCAAGCAUUCGGUAUUUGGCUGAUGCAGUUGAGCGGAGUAAAACUGCAAUCAAUCCCACUGAGUUGUUAGACGCAGUGAUGGAGAUUGAUGGUUUGGAAGAGUCGAAACAAAUGUAUGCAUUUGAGUAUUUGAAUGCUGAUCCUGUGAAAGCUAGGGCUUUCAUGACAUAUGAUGUUCGGAUGAGGAAGAUAUAUCUGUUUAGACAGUUUUGGUGGUGGAAGUGAGUUUAAAGCUGAACAUGGAAACCCUUGGUAUAUAAAGUUACAACUUAAUUGGUGGAUUCUUCUGCACAUUAGAUCAAGUUUUUCUUUUACUGCUACUCACAGUUGAAUGUACAGAUGUCAAAUGUUCACAGAUUGAACAUAUAUGGCUAGGAGUCGGUGCACUAGAGAAUUUUGAGAAACAUUAGCGUCUUUGUAUCUUCCUCCACUGUAGUUAGCCAUAGGUGCAAAAUUUAAUGCCAUCUGCUUUUGCUAUUCUUGCACGACGGGGUUCUUUGUUU